AUGAGCUACACAAGAACCUCCAUGUCAACGAGCAGUCAAAAGGGUCGUGGUCUCGAUAAUUAUCCUCGUCGAGAUCAUCAUCUGCAUAUGCAUGGUCACAACCUCAAUCAGCAUCUCGAGGACCACCCUCACGACCGCGACGAGGUCGAUUCUUAUGAUCUAGAUGAAGAACCACAAUCAGCACGUCAAGUGCGCUACAGGCACAGUGCACAACAGCUUUGCAGCCGCGCUGGUGUCUCAGGAGUAGAUGAAGGACAAGGCUCUUCGUCGUCAACUGAGCUUCCUACGUUGAAGCUAUGUGCUGACUGGCAGUUGCUGGUCGUACUGCAGUACGCACUAACGCGGGAGUGCAGGUUCGAAGGAUCGGGGGCGCCUUUUUCUUGCUCAGGCAAAAAGGUGCACGGGGUUAAAGCUUUGCGGGUGAACAACCAGAACCGAAGGAGUUCUACAACGUCUGGACCUUUUUCACCUGGAAACCUUCCUCAUGAAAGAAAACCAAAUAGCCAUGAUCGAGCUUCCGCUGGAGAUCUACGACUCCAUGAAGUUGAAGAAGAUAAUGACGUUUUUCAUAUUCAUGCUGCUUCUUCAGAAGUGGAGCCGCGACCAGUAGUCUCUUACCCUGACCUAGUUCAAGAUAAAGCUUUGGGAGAAAAUGAACAGGAACCGAUAGAAGCGUUGUUUACGCAAAUUCUGUCGCCCCAGCAGCUAUGGGAAAUGCUGAGUGAUCCAUUUACGGAGAGCAUCAGUUAUGCGUCUGACGAUUUUCGUAUACACAAGGAGACAAGGCUUGUUGUAUGGGAUGACUCAUCCGCUGUUGAGAAUGUGGAGAGGACAAGCAGCGAAAAUCGAGAUGAAGUAAGAGGUAUUAGUGCACUCACGCCCCUGCAUGCUUUUUCUGUCUUCCCAGGUGCUGGCCCCGCUUAUGCUCAUGUAGCCCUCGCAGUCGAGGAGAAGGAAACCCAGAUAUUUCAAUAACGAGAAGGAUAGAAGGAUUUGCAAAAAGUAGUGUGCUCAUUGGUUAUCGUUUCUACUGUGGCUUGAUGAUGUUGAUGACACACUCACAGUAUUAGACACGCACACGAUGACCGACAACAUUCUUAUUCUUGAAUCUUCGUUGUAAGACUAAAAUUUUUGUCACACACUUUAUUUUCAGAACUAUAAACCGAAAUUUUGUCCUCGGCGAGGGCGACGGCGUAAUCGCUCUCGUGUGAAGAAAGUGAAACACGAGGUGGUAGAAUGUACAAUUACUAUUACGACUUUGUAUGCUCGUAUCAAAUGAACUCGAAUCGUUCGUGGUAAAAAAGAUGUAUGUGGAUGCCCGUUUCUUCACUACGAUCUAUUUACGUUGCUGGCUGCAGGUGUAGCUGAUGUGUUUUUUUGAUAGCCGGCCUGUAGUCUUAGAACAAUGGGAGGCCUUUGGGGCUCCCAUGACUACGAAAAGGACGGCGCCUACUUAGUAAUAUUCAAUAUGUAUUAGGAGUAGAAGAUGAUAAGAAGUACCACCUUGGUAGAUUUUUUAUUCUGCAGCUGUUUCUUUUUCUAUUCACGUCUCUACUACUACUAGAAUUAACAGUGGCCUUGUUCUGAGGAGUGAACUAUUUAAUCUCUUGAAUGUUCCACUUCCUCUUCCAGUGAGCUCGCGACGGAACUUUAGAGCGAGCUGCACAACACGAGUUUCAUCCGAUUGACGCUGGGAAACAUGAAG